AUGGAUGUUGAAGAGCAUGAUUUUGGCGAAAAGGGAGAUGAAUAUUCAGGUUGUAGUAACGUGGACUUUGAACAAAUAGUGGAUUGUACUAGUGAAUUUACCACGAAUGAGAUUAGUAUAUUUAACAAUAGAGAAGAAUUAAUACGAUGGGCUCGUGAAGUUGGAAGGGCGAAUGAUUUUGUUAUUGUGACCUUAAGAUCUGAUCAAGGUGGAAAAGGAAAUAAGAAGCCUAGAGUUACUUUGGGUUGUGAGAGGUAUGGAGAAUAUAGAAAGCGAAUUCCUAAAAAAGAUAUAAAGGAUGAGGAUAGAAGACAUGCAGGAUAUAAAAAGUGUGGAUGCCCUUUUCAAUUAAAGGGUAAAAGGCUAGAAACAGAUGAUCAUUGGAUGCUAAUAGUGGUUACUGGAGUGCAUAAUCAUAUAGCAGCUGAGCAUUUGGAGGGUCAUUCAUUUGCUGGUAGAUUAUCGUUUGAGGAGACAUCAUUGUUACUUGAUAUAUCAAAAAGUUUGGUGUGA